CCGCUGAAAUAUUGACUAAAACACAAAUAAAAUUAGCGGCUGUCAAUUUUGCCCGUGAUUUGCAAGACGCUCCGCCGAACAAAUUACACGCUAAGAAAUUUGCCAACCAGAUUAAGGAAAAAUUCAGCAAACUUAAAAAUAUUGAAGUAGAGAUACUAGAAAAAAAACAAAUCAUCAAAAAUAAGAUGGGUUUAUUAUUGGCCGUUAAUGCUGGUAGUCAUCACGAGCCACGGGUAGUAAUUUUACGUUAUUUUGGCGAUAAAAAAAACAAAAAUGUUCUAGGAUUGGUGGGAAAAGGAAUAACUUUUGAUAGUGGUGGUUAUAAUUUAAAACUUUCACAAUAUUUGCAAUGCAUGAAAUUUGACAUGUCAGGAGCCGCUGUUGUAUGUGCUUCUUUUCUGGCUUUGGCUCAAAAUAAGCCGAAAAUAAAUGUGAUAGCG